AUGGAUAUUGAAAAUUACCAUUACGACGUAAGUUUUUUAUCCUUCGAACGUAACAGUAAUAUUCCAGAAAUAACGUGGAAGGUAAUGCAGUUAUUACUCAAAGCAUUCGAAGAAAAAUCAAUUUUAUUCAAAGGUGAUCAGACGAUUAAAUUAGCUGAAAUUGGUUGUGGGCCUGGUGAAAGAACGAUUGGGUACUUUCGUGGCCUCCAUUUCAAAUCAGGCUUUGACAUUAGAGCAACGGAUAUUAAUACCACGUUUACUGGCCAAAAUGACUAUCAAUUUGCAGCUUGUAAUAACGAUGGAAGUACUGCAGCUACCAAAGAAUUAAACGAGAUUACAAAUAAUGCAGGAUUAGCUGUUAAAGCCUUUCUACAAGCCAUAAGCUCUCAAACCAUGCCAAUAAAAUCAUUUUCCAUUAAAAGAGGCAAUUCAUUCAAGGAUAACCUACUUAAUUUAUUAGCUUGGAAUAGUGAUCAUGCCGAAGCAGAGAGAAAAACAUUUUCCAUGGCGUUUAUAUGCCAUUGCUUGUAUUACGUAUUUGACGAGAGUGUACCCGAAGAUAGCUUUCAACAAAUUUUCCGUUCCUUAGCCAACGAUAUCUUGUCUGACAAUGGUAUAGCUAUAUUUUGUCAUAGUAUUCCUAAGCCAGAUAGUUGUAUGGCUUUACAAUGGAAGUUUAAAAAUCAAUAUAUCACGAACACGAAUCCUACUACCGAAGAAUACGAAAAAAAUGCUCUAGAUUGUAUUAUUAAAAGGUGUUGUCAAAACUAUAACUUGCCAUGCUAUAAAGUCGAAUUUCCUACCAAAAUUUACUUUUCUCAGGCUUUUCUAAACCAACAAGACAUUGCUCGAGAUAUAUCUCGAUACGAUGAACUUAGCCAAGAUACAAUUGAUAAUAUCCAAAGAUUGCUGCUGAUACCUCGUCGAUCACUAAAAGAGUUAUACAUGGAUCAAUCUGAUAUUGGUUUAAAUAGCCUUUUCGAUACAGUUUUACCUAUCAUCAAGCAGCAUGGAGGCAUUCCCGAGUACGAUGCUCUUCAAAUAGUACUAAGCCAACAUGCAAGUCCACAGUUAAGGAAAGACGUGGAAUCUAUCGUUGAGCAGUUAAAUAGUGAUGUACUCAGUACAUUUGGAUGA